GCAGGGAAGGGAAACGGAAGCCGAGUGGUUCAGGCUGUAGGUCAGGGGAGCCGGAGAGCGAUGUUCAGCAAUAGCAUGGCGGACCCGCGGCGGCCCAACCGUGUCCUCAGAUAUAAGCCUCCAUCCACAGAGAAUAACCCUACCCUGGAAGACCCCACACCAGAUUACAUGAAUCUGUUGGGAAUGAUUUUCAGCAUGUGCGGCUUGAUGCUGAAGCUUAAGUGGUGUGCCUGGAUUGCUGUCUACUGCUCAUUCAUCAGCUUUGCCAACUCUCGGAGUUCAGAAGAUACCAAACAGAUGAUGAGCAGUUUCAUGUUAUCCAUCUCUGCUGUAGUGAUGUCAUAUCUUCAAAACCCCCAGCCCAUGUCUCCUCCUUGGUGAAAGGAUGGCCCUUCUCCUCCCAGCUCCUCUUGCAAAACAGAGGCACUCUCCCUAUAAAGAGAGAUCACUUUCUCAGGCAAUCUGGACCUAUUUGCACAAGCACAGUGUUGCAAAAGUACUGGGAAUAUUUCUUUUGCUGUGUCAAUAAAGUGAUGGUUGCUAAAGAU